AGAGAAAUGUUACCUAACCAGACUAGAUGCAGUUUCAAAUGAAUCAAAAAUGAAGUUUUACAUUUGAAGAUCUCCACAUUUUACAAGACUGAUGGUACGUGUGUACAGUCAACCCGGACAAUUUGGAUCGUCUUCCCUUGGCGGUCUUUUUGGAGACCCAAAGAGUCGCAUGCGUGUUCCAGAGAUUUCUCAACACCAGCAUCCUGGAUAUCCAAUCCAGCACCCCAAAUAUCCGGCCCAACAUAGUAGAUAUCCGGCCCAACAACCCCCUUGUCCUAUCCAACCCUACACGCCUCCUAUUGGCGUAGUUCCUGAACUCAGAGUACCUGUGGGCGUCUGCUGGAGAUGUAGAAAAUUAUAUCAAGAACAAACUGAGGGAGAUAAUCGACGAAUCGAUUAUGAGGAUUAUUUAGAGGAUCGAAGAAGAGAGGAUCUAAGAAGAAAUGGUGAGUAUGGUGGUUUGCGGAGCUCCUCUAGUGAAGGAUACCUGGAUAAAGCUUGGAUACAGAACCAGGGAGGACCUGGAGAGGAUGGGUUAAACUCAACAACAUUACAACAGCAGAUAGACCAGCUCUCUCAAGCACUAUCAAGAAUCCAGGGAUACUCUGGGUCCAACUCCUAUCCUAGCUCGGCCCAGGCCCAGGACCCUGCAAGGAAAACAUGGUCCGCUCCAAACAAGGAUCCAUUCGGCCCUCUACCGGAUUUAACGAACCUGGCGGAUCCAAUGGGUCGCAGGUCUCAGGCUCAAAACUCCGGUUCAUCCGGAUACGUUCCCAGUUUUGGAUCUGGUCAACCCCUUCGGGGGAGACGAGGGGGCGGGAAUGCGGCGCCCCCCGUCCUGGAUAGAGCCUCGUAUAUCCAGGAGCUCCGACAGCAGAUGGAGGAGCAGGAUCGGAGGAAAGCGGAGGAAAAGAACGGAAAGGAUUGGUGGGAGAAAUCGGAGCCAAAAUAUGAAACUACUCCGCAACAGAAAAUAACUGGAAGGGCAGCUGUAGUUCAGCGUAGCGGAGAUCAAGGAGAUGCACGGAAACAAUACGAGCAGGAACUCCGUGAGCAGAUGGAACACAAGAAGAUGUUGGAGGAUAAACAGCGAGAGAAGGAACGGGAGGAGGAACAGAGGAUAGAGAGAAGAACGCAGGAACAACAGGAGAGAAUGAGAAAGGAGUUUGAAGAAGAAAUGAAGAUUAAGAAAUCUAAAGAAGACGCGAAGUUGAAGAGACAAGAAGAACUGAUGAAACGUCAAGAAGAACUUCAGAAAGAGUUGACCUCCAAGAAAAGAUCCGAGUCCGAGCUCCGCUUGACGGAGAAACGGGGUGGAAAAUCUCCGAGAUACUCCGCUAUCACGGAGAGAAGAGGAAACUCUCCACCCAUCCCGACCAUGAGGGAGAAGAACGGAGUGCCGGAGCAGACUAAGGACGAGGAGAAGGAGGAGGGAGAGGAGGAGGUAGUGGAGAGAUUGACCAGCAUGAGACGGGUCCUGGAGCAAAGACGAGAUCAACUCCUAGAGCAAGAAGCACAAGGCAAGGGCGUAUGGGAAGGAUUGGAGGAAUAAAAACCCGUUUAACAGUUAGUGAUAAAAUAACGUAUUUUUGGUGAAACAAAAUCAAAAUCAAAAGUGAUCAAGGAACUAAUUUACCAAAAUACAUCCGUGGCAAAAGUUAAUAGAGGGCCUGGAAUAAACUCAUCAGGGGCCGAAUUUAAUGAAUUUAGGACCGCUGCGCCGGUUUAACUACGUCUCAAGUGCUUACUAGCUCAAAUCCUGAAUUACUGACGCACAAUUCAAAAUUUAGACAAACCCUUAUCAGAGUGGAUUUAAUAGACUAAAAACAUAACUCUUCUUAUGGCUACUAUAAUGGUUUAUAAUUUAAAAACUUAAAAUUAAACCCGUGAUGCAAGAAGCAUGGUUGAACCGUAACUCAUGGACUACUUGCAAUUCAUUAAAUCCAAUCCCAGAACAAUGUUUUAUUUUCUUUAAAAGAAUAAUAAAUCAUUACAAAGACCA